UUACCAAAUUCCCUCACCCCCAUUUUCUAGAAUCCAAAGAGCUAUCUUUUUGCCACUUCCUUAAACAAACAAGAAAAACUUUCAUGGUGGAGGCCACCAACUCUUUCUAAUUCCAGUUUUUGAAAUUCUUUUUAACAAAUUCUCCUUUUUUUUAUUUGCUUUCUGUUCAACAAAUUGGAGAACACAAGAAAAAAAAAAGAUUAAAUUUUGAUGGAUUACUAUGAGCUUGCUGAUAGAUUCCCUUACCAAGACUCUCUUAAGGUUCUUGAGGCUGAUAUACAACAUGCCAAUGUUUUGGCAGCUUCGAUACCGAGAGGUAAGGGUGGAUCAUGUCUUCAAAUGAAGCUGGUUUACAAUCACUUGGCGCCUUUAUGUUUGUUGUUGCUACAAUGGAUGGAUUGUUCGUGUAGCUGUUUACUUUCGAGUUAUUUAAACCUUUUUCAUAUAGUUGUAUAUCAGGUAUGUUCAGACGGGAAGCCAAAGAUUUCAUCGUGCAGAAGGAAAGCUACAAUUAGGGACUUCUAUGCUGUUAUAUUACCAUCACUUCAACAUCUUCAUGGCAAUUCAUUGGAGUUGAACAUGACUCAAGAAAAUGGUCAUUAUGUGGAGAUGGUUGUUAAAAAAAGACCAGAGGAUUGGAGGAAAGUUUCAGAUAUGGACAUAAACAGGGAAGAUGAAUGUGGAAUCUGUUUGGAGCCCUGCACAAAAAUGGUUGUGCCAAGUUGCUGCCAUGCUAUGUGCAUCAACUGCUACCGUGACUGGAAUACGAGAUCCGAAUCGUGCCCAUUUUGUAGGGGAAGUCUGAAAAGAGUAAACUCGAGUGAUUUGUGGGUUCUCACAUGCAACAGCGACGUGGUUGACACUAAAACUGUGUUAAAAGAGGAUAUGUUGCGAUUCUACCUUUUCAUUAACAGCUUGCCUAAUGAUGUCCCUGAUGCUGUGUUCUUGAUGUAUUACGAGUACCUAAUCUAAUUUGACAGACAAGAAGUUUGAUGUAUAGAGGGAAACUGCUGACCGUCAUGCGUACAUAGUCUAAUGACUGGUGAGGUUUUCAUGUUGGAAAUUCCGUUCCACUUAUUGUCCAGAAUAAUGUAUAUGCUUCUCAUAAGAGACCCAUUUGUUAA